UGUGUGUGUGUCUCGUCUCCUCUCUUUGCCUCUCUGCCUCUCUCUCCUUCUCCAGCCUGUGUGUGAGCUGUGAGCACUGCUGCCGCCGCCGCCGCUGCCCUUUGAUCCCUGCAUUAGUGUUAGUUAGGGGCUUGGAGACACACAGGGAGCAGCCAUAGACACCGCCGCACCAGCCCUCAUUAUUGACACCGCAUAUGAGCACACACUCUCCCUCGCCCAUUAGAUCCAUUUCUAUUGAAGAAUAUUGCGACCGGGGACAAGCCAGGUGCACGACCGGGGGAGGGGAGGGGAGGGGGGGAGAGAAGAAGAGAGAGAGAGAAAAGGUGGGGGAGGAAGGGCAAGAAAAAGGGGAGAGAGGCGAGGCGGGGGGGCUCUUCUCCUUGGCUCCAGGAAAAGCAGCUUCUCAACCCCCCCACCCCCAUUGCCCAGGAGAAGAAAACCAGCCCUUGCUGGGCAGCCACCCUUUGCCCCUGCUUUGUGCCUGCCUCUGCCCCACUUUUGGGCUUUUUAAAAAAUAUAUAUUUGAUCCCCCAUUAAACCAAGGAGGAGAAUGUGAAAAGGGGGGAAAAUGCCCAGGAGGAAGCAGGAGCAACCCAAGCGCCUCUCUUCACAUGGUACCCGGCAGGAAGAAGUUGAAGGUGAGCUUAGUGAGGAAGAUCACUGGUUUGGAAACUCUUCGGAAACCCCAUCAGAAGCAUCCUAUGGAGAAGUCCAGGAGAACUUCAAAUUAUCCUUUGAGGACAGGAUCCAGGAACAGUCCACAUCUCCAGACACUUCCCUGGGGAGUGCAACUCCUAGCAGCAACACCCUGGAGCUAGCAGCUGUUGAGAACGAGGCUCUGAGGGACGUGUUACAGAAUAAAGAACACCUUUCCCCCGGUGUGUCUUCUGCAUGUGAAGAUGACACUCCUGGCCCCAAUAAGCCACUGAGUAGUAACCUGAGACGUCUGCUGGAGGCUGGUUCUCUCAAGCUAGACACUAGUGUUGCAGUUAACGGCAGGGUUGAGUCCCCUGUAAAUCUUGGCUCAAACAUCUCCUUUUCUCCACCUACGCAUCAUGCUCAGCAGCUAAGUGUCCUUGCUAGAAAGCUGGCUGAAAAACAGGAACAUAAUGAUCAAUAUGGCGCCAGCAACCGGUUUAUAUGGAAUCAAGGCAAGUGGCUGCCCAACUCGGCGCCAUCUUGCGGUUUGUCUCCGGACUCAGCCAUCCUAAAGUUGAAAGCAGCUGCCAAUGCAGUCCUUCAGGACAAGUCACUUUCUCGAACUGAAGAUCCUAUCAGGUUUGAAACCUUUUCUUCGCCAUUUAGUUCCCAGUCUGCAAGCUCCACCUUAGCCGCACUAUCAAAGAAAGUCAGUGAGAGAAGCAUGACUCCUGGUCAGGACCACCCACCGCCAGCUAGCUCUUUUCUUUCUCUCGCCUCAAUGACUUCUUCAGCAGCCCUUCUCAAGGAGGUCGCUGCAAGAGCUGCAGGCAGUCUUUUGGCUGAGAAGAAAAAGUCACUGGUUGCAGAAGAUCCCCUGCAGCUUUCGGAUAUGAAGCAAGAGAAAGUAACUCCACCGCAGUCUUUGGAAUUAUUGUUACUCCCAGCCCCUAAAGGAAGAAGUUCUAAAACCUCUAAUCCAGCCUCAGAAGAAGAAGGUGGGAAACCUUUCCAGUGUCCGAUCUGUGGCCUAGUGAUAAAAAGGAAGAGCUACUGGAAGCGACACAUGGUUAUACAUACAGGCUUAAAAAGCCAUCAAUGCCCUUUGUGUCCAUUUCGCUGUGCACGCAAGGACAAUCUAAAAUCGCACAUGAAGGUUCACCAACAUCAAGACCGGGGAGAGACAUUUCAGUGCCAGCUAUGCCCAUUUACCUCCUCUCGCCACUUCAGCCUCAAACUCCACAUGCGCUGCCACCAGCACUUCCUGAGGACAGAAGCCAAAGUGAAGGAAGAGAUCCCAGAAAUGGAUGUCAAGGGGUCACCAUUGCUAAGUGACAACUCCAGAAUGGGGCAGCAGAUGGAUGGGGCAACAGACCACGCAGGGACUGCGGCCACCUCUAAAACUCCUGAGGUGGCUGGAUCUACUGUCCCACCUCUGCUAAUAAAAGAAGAGCCCAAAGAUGACAGCAGCACCUCCACCCCAACCUUCACUCUCAGUGUUGUUGACAGAAUCACCAACAACACAAAGCUAAAAGACUCCAUUGACUUUGUGACCAAUACAGCAUCGGCACUUUUCAGCCAGGACAUCUCUGUCAAGAUGGCAUCAGAUUUUCUCAUGAAGCUCUCAGCUGCAAAUCAAAAAGAACCCUUGCCUCCUACAUUUAAAGUGAAAGAUGAACCGAAAGAUGAGGAAAAUGCAAGCUCCACUUUUCCGAAAUCUACUUACGUUUUUAGUCCUGAGCCUGAAACAUCUUCCGCAAGCCUUCCCGAGGAGAAUCUCAAGCCACAAGAAGUGCCGGCGAAUGUAUUGCAGCAGGACAUGUCUGUCAAAGCAGCAUCCGAACUUCUUAUGAAGCUAUCAGCGGAAAGUUGCAAGGAAUCUCAAAUAAUAAAGAUCAAAGAAGAGCCCAUGGAAGUUGAUAUUCAUGAUUCCCAAGCCUCAGUUUCACCUAGCCAAAACAUCAGUUAUAGCACUUUACUCAGGCAAGAGAUAACUGAACACAUACAAAAGAUACCAGAAGGCCGAGUGCUCCCUGAGAGAAACCUCUUCAGCCAAGAUAUAUCAGUGAAGAUGGCUUCAGAGCUACUUUUUCAGUUGUCAGAGAAAGUGAGCAAAGAGCACAAUCACUCUAAGGAUAACACCAUCACAGCUACAACUAGCCCUUUUUUCCCUGAAGAUACAUUUAGACAAUCACCAUUCACUUCCAACUCAAAAGAUCUCCUGUCUAAUGAGACUGCUGUUCAUGGAAGGACAACAGUACCAGAAGCAGAGAAGAUAGGGCUGGAGGCUGGAAAUGGGUUACCAUCUUGGAAAUUUAAUGACCAGCUCUUUCCCUGUGAUGUGUGUGGAAAAGUGUUUGGCCGACAGCAGACGUUGUCCCGACAUCUCUCCCUGCACACAGAAGAGAGAAAAUACAAAUGCCAUUUGUGCCCAUAUGCUGCUAAGUGCCGUGCUAACCUGAACCAGCACCUGACUGUCCAUUCCGUGAAGCUGGUGAGUACAGACACUGAGGACAUUGUCAGCGCUGUCACUUCCGAAGGCAGUGAUGGAAAGAAGCACCCUUAUUACUACAGUUGUCAUGUGUGUGGAUUUGAAACCGAGAUGAAUGUCCAGUUUGUCAGUCAUAUGUCGCUUCAUGUGGAUAAAGAACAGUGGAUGUUUUCUAUUUGCUGCACAGCCUGUGACUUUGUUACCAUGGAGGAGUCAGAUAUGAAGGCUCAUGUCGCCACCAAGCAUGCAGGUGAAGAGAGAAAGACUCCAAGCGACUCAAACAGCCCUUCGUCUUCUUCCCUGUCAGCACUUAGCGAUUCUGCCAACAGCAAAGAAGAUGCAGAGACCAGCCCCAAGCCCAAGGCUUCAAACAACCUGCUAGUUAUUUCCGUAGUGCCUGGUAGUCAGACCUUAUUGAACACGGAAGAAAAAUCAGAAAAAGGUUUUGAAUGUGUUUUCUGUAACUUUGUCUGCAAAACAAAAAACAUGUUUGAGCGCCAUUUGCAAAUCCACCUGAUUACACGGAUGUUUGAAUGUGAUGUGUGCCACAAGUUUAUGAAGACUCCUGAGCAGUUACUGGAGCACAAGAAAUGCCACACUGUCCCCACCGGUGGGCUCAAGUGCCCGUUCUGCAUUUACUCCACCAACCGCCCCGCAGCGAUGGAAUGCCAUUUGAAGACCCACUACAAAAUGGAAUACAAGUGCCGGAUCUGCCAGGCAGUGAAAGCCAAUCAGCUGGAGCUGGAAAUGCACAUCCGGGAGCAUCGCCUUGGCAACCAUUACAAGUGUGACCAGUGUGGCUACCUUUCCAAGACGGCCAACAAGCUGAUAGAGCAUGUGCGCGUACACACCGGGGAGCGCCCUUUCCACUGUGACCAGUGCAGCUACAGCUGCAAACGCAAAGACAAUCUCAACCUGCACAAGAAGCUCAAGCACGCUCCCCGCCAGACUUUCAGCUGCGAAGAGUGCCUCUUCAAGACCACCCACCCUUUUGUCUUCAGCCGCCAUGUGAAGAAGCACCAAAACGGGGACUGCUUCGAAGAGGAGAAGAAGGGCCAAGGGGCAACCUCCAAGGAAGCCGGCCCUCUCCUAGCUGCCAACAGCCCCCAGAGCCUCUUGUCGCCUCUCUCGGUGAUGUCUGCCUCCCAGGCGCUGCAGACAGUGGCCAUGUCGGCUGCCCACGGCGGCGGGGCAGAGCCAAACCUGGCACUUAAGGCCUUGGCCAUCAAUGGCACUUCCCUGUGCUUUGACAAGUACCGGAACUCUGAAUUUGCCCACCUCAUUCCCUUAACCAUGUUUUUCCCCAAGAACCACUUUGAGAUCACAUUCCAUGCGCCCAGGCCACAGACUGUACGGCCGGACGACACUUCGCCGAAGCACUCCUUCCUUGCCUACCUUGGACUAACAGAGAGGGCAGAAACUGUCUGAGGGCAGCCAAGUACUGUACCAAAAAAAUAAUACUCUCCGCCCACCCACCCCCACCCCCCAACAGACACCCAACAGGUAUAUGCAUUGCUGCAAACCAUACACCAGGAGGUAUGGCUGGCUGAACAUUUGUACUAUAGAUCAUUAGUAGUAAGGUAUAGGAUAAAAAUGGCUCUGUGUGUCUCCUUAAAUGCAUUGACAUGAAGGCUGCUUUAUUAAAACUCUUCAGAGAAGUGACCUCCCGCAUACCUUCAGAGGCAUGUUCCCAGUACUCUUAUCUAAGAAACUAUUUUGUCUUGUUUAAGCUGAACAAGAGCGCCCUUAAAGGCAAUCAGCACUUGCUUAAGGUUACAUAUUGAUGCAUUUUCCUUUUGAGAUGGUGAGUGUGAGCGUGUCUGAAGGGAGAGUCAGUGUGCCAUGACAUUGCUUUUGCACAUCCUUUUGUACUGGCUUAUUUAAUAUGAACACACUGCCUUAUAUACUGAGUCGGAUCAGUGCUCCACCUAUCCCAGUAACGUCCACUCUGACAGGCAGCCGUUCUCCGGGGUCUCAGGCAGGGGUCCUCCCCAGCCCACCUGCUCUGUGGGAUUAUUUAACUGGAGAAUGCUGAAGAUUGAACCUGGGACAUUUAUACAUGCAACGCAUGUGCUCUACCACUGAGCUGCAGCCCCCUCCUCUUGUGAUGAUUGUUGCAGUUCUCCAGUCUCAUCACCUUGCCUGCCUAGCUUUAUUUUACAGUUACUGGAAUGCGGAUACAGCAAUGCUAGGUUCGAGAAGAACUGGCAUGCCAGUCAGCACUACUUGGGAUUUGCUUAGUAUACUAUAGUGUUUGCUUUGGCCUCAGAUCUGAGAAUUCAAGGAUGAACUAGAGGAGCAGGAAUUGCUUCUAGCUCUGCAAGGUUAAGGCUGUUUUACAUGGUACAUUUCCCCCAGCUGGCAGUAAUAAUAUCUGUGUAGGCAAAUGCAUGGGCACUGUAGUGUUGGGCAUGUAAUGUGGUUUUACUCGGUGUACAUGGACUGAGUAGACACUGUGCAUACAGGCUGCCUCUUCCCUGCCCCCCGCAAAGCACUCCUACCACCCUUGAAAUGUUACAGUGAACAUGCAUAUUCCACCACAGAGAUGAGAUUUUUUUUCCUUCGUAGAGAUAAUGUAUGAAGUGGCCCUGAACACACAUGAGUGAACAGACACUUGGUGCAGAUCAGGGUGGUGGAAUCUGCAACCCUCCAUCUGUUGUUAGACUCGUCUCUCAUUGUACUCCAGCAAACAUGGCCAGGGAUGAUGGGAGUUGUAGUCCAGCAACCUCUGGAGAGCCCAAGAUUCCCAUUCCUGGUGCAGACAGACCUGUAAACAGCAAGUGCAAUUCAUACACGCACAAGGUCAGAUACUUCUGUAACUCAGGGCCACUUCUUACAAUAAGUUUUGUAUUUGAGUACAGCUUUCCAAGUAACAGUUUUAAAUGGGGCACAUGUAUUGCAUUUAAAUCACUGCUUUUCUUUGUGAAAUAACUCGAGUCAGGAAUCUGAUCAUUUCCCCAUCAUGUUUCUGUCUCGUUCGCUGGGAAGAGAUGUGAUUUAAACACACGUGCACCAUUCAAAACUGAUGUAAGGUCAAUAAAAAAAGUAUCUCAUACCAAGAAGCCCUUUUGAUCAUAGAUCAAACAUACACAUUCUCAGUAUGUAUUAAUGCAGUGAUUACCUUGGUUUGCAAAGACAAGAGUGUACAUUCUACAGAGAUUAAAUCCAGGAAUAGGGAUUUUUAAAAGGAAGGGUUUGCUAUAUUCUGGGUAUAAAUGCUCAGACUAAAUAAAGGCAGGUUUUGCACAGUGCUUGAGUCUUGCACUAGUAUGUUUCUCACUUGCAAAAAAAAAAAGGUAAGAAAAGAAAAAGUGUAGAAGAUUUAAAAAAAACUUUUGUCGACUGAAGAAUUAUCAGAUUGUAUAUUUGAAAAGUUAAUGGCGGAGCCUUCUCAACAUAAGAAUGGUGCUUUUUAAUCAUAUUAUUCUGUUCUAUAUCCCCAACUGUUCAGCUAUAUUUUCAGAUUUUGUGUCCCUAUGAACAUUACCCUUCAUGUUAUUUGUAUUCCUUUGUAUUAUUUUGUUAAUGCCUACUUAAGUAUACUCUUCUAGGAAGCUAACUUUAUAUUUUCUUAAAGCUCUUACUUUGUGGUCAUUAAAAUGACAUAAAUAUUGCACUUUAUUGCAGUAAGAAGCAAAUGUUGCAUUCCUAAUACACAAUCGAAGUCAAUUGUUAACUUUUCCCAAGAUUUAACUUUUCUCUUGCCCAUGCACUGACAUUUAUUACGUAUCAUUAUCACAUACAGUUUCCCCCACUGAACAUGUACGUGAGAAUAAGUCCAGAUCUGUGUACGUGUUCAAAGACCAGAAACUGUUUACAUUGGAUGACAAAGAGGAAAGGAACCUAAAUAUUAGCAAGCUAUAAUACUAAUGUAAAGUAACUACAAUCAAAAUAAUGAGAGCCUGCACAUGAGCUUAAACAGCAUGUGGCCUCCCCUAAUUCAGCUACUAUGGUAAAGUAAGUCAUUAUAUUAGUUGUUCCUAACACAUGUUGAGCCCUGUUUAUUGCACUUAACUCUGCUAAAACUACCCUUUGGGAUUCAUCCUUUGUUUUUUUGACAAACAAAUGUUUUCAGAUAAGGUCAGUACAGUGUCAUGAAUUGUGGCAUUCCAUCCUAAGAUGUGGUGGUGACUUUUGCUAGUCGCUGUCAUGCUGUCACUUGGUAGGUGGUACAAGGUACACCACCAGCACCAUGCAAAUCUUAGAAAUCAGGUUGGCACACACACACACACACACACACACACACACACACACACACACAAUGGUUUGAUUUCCCAUCAUUCUGAGCAAUUUUUUGCAGGUUUGGAGACUACCCAUGUCUGAUGUAACCAUUUAUUUAACUGCAGUCCUGCCACUGGAUUGAAUGGGCUCCAUUAUUUCCUCUGCUAGGAAUUUUAAGAGAAGCUGCGAUGCUGAAGCAGGACUUACUUGCUAGUCAAUAAUGUGUAAUUAAGAAUGGGAUAAAUAUCUUUUUGGUGGAAAUCAAGGAACUUCUCCCCCUAUAGGCAGUUGCUGCAGUUAAGUAACUAAAUAUACCCAAUACGGUUCUGGUCAGAUUUGUCCAAACUGUCAAGCAGUGAGUCUUUUUUUUAAAGGCAGGGUAGUGGGAGAGAGACCAAGCAGUUUGUCAGCUGGAACACAAGCAUAGGAAUGUUAAAGGAAUAUUUUCUGUAAACCAAAUGGUGCAAUAUAACAUAGGAACUUCAAGGAAUGAAAGUAUUACAAUGCUCUAAGCAACUGAAUGCCUUGGGUUUAACCAUUUCCUUUUUGUAUUUGUCUGUCAUAGUGAUGCUUAAUGUAAUUGGGCAGCUUUAUUUAGCACUUUGAAACACUGAAUUAUUUCUGGAAAGUUAGUUAUACAUGAUUUCCAAAUAAGAGAGAGAGAGAUGCAUCAGAAAGUGUUUUUAUUUUUUUAAGGGGGAAAAAUACAGUAUUUAUCAAAGCCCUUGCAUAUACAAUAAUUGGUUUGCUGUUUGAAGCUAAAGAAAGGAAUGCUCCCUACAGAUAUCCUUUGCUUGUUAAAAGACUUCACAUUUCUACCAACAUGCUCACUUUGUAUCUGCUUUUCUCACUAUGCAUUCUUUAAGAUAGGCUGGUUUCUUGUUUUCCAUCUAGUAAUUUGCUUACAUUCUCAGCACUUUUCUCGCUUCCCCUCUCCGACCUUUCUAACUUGCUGUAUCAUAUUCAAAUAUCACAGUCAAGGUUUGUGUACAUUAAUGGAAAUUUGUAUUGUAUAAAGCUUUUUGCAUUAUAAGGCUGUACAGGGUCAUUUUGACAGUAACUGGUAUAUUUCUUUGCAUCUUACGUUGCAUUGCCAAUUUCUAGUGUAUCCAGUUUGGAAGUAUAUAUACUCUAAUUAAAAAACAAAGUUGGCUAUA